AUGCCUUCACUCUCGUCUCUCAAAAACAGAGUCAACGCCGCCAUUCCCCAGCAGCGUCCGGGAGGGAUUGGCCGUGCCCAGAGCGGCGCCCAACUACGGAACGCCGAAGAUGACCAGUCACUGGCAACGCUUCUCACCCGUGAAGAGCGGGCCGACUUGACACUUCUCAUCUCUCAGACCAUCGAAGAGAUGAGGAGGAGUCUUGUGAGGGUGUUUGAUGAGAGGCCGAUACCGAAACCAAAACCAAAACCUACGCGUGAAGCUAAAGCUGACGAAGCAGCGGUUGAGAUCUCCAAAUUGAGCUUGUCGGCGAAGCAGAGUACGGCAGUCGACGAAAAGGUAGGCGGCAUUCAACUCGAAGAGGGGGAAACCAAACCUCAGGAUGAGCCACAGACCGGGGUGGAACCAGAUACACUAAUGACUUCGCCAACUCCUGAAUCCGAAGCUCUGAAGAGUGCAGCCCUGGCAUUCUUUGACGCCUGGGCCGAAAGUGUCAUCCUCCGCGUCGGUGAGGUGGUCAAUUCCCGCGAGGAAGCGACGCAAAAUAGACACUAUGAGCGAAACCGCAACCUCGCGACUGAAUCUGCAAAGCAACAAUACCAACCCACCUCUCGUGAGCAAGAAGUGGACGGCAAACUCUCAAAAGUGUUUCCAUUUAUACAGACACCGUUAGCAAAUCUAAGUCAGGGUGAACGCUCUACGAUCAUCAAGGCAAUUCUCCUCCUCCUACUCAGUCUCGAGUCCUACCGUGCCCAUUCUCGUGUCCUCCUGGUACGCCUCGCGGUUUCUCUCCGCAUCAGCGCAGCGGAAGUCUCCAAGAUGGAGAAAGAUACAGCGUAUGGUCUUUUGACCGCGGCAGCGAAAAUGGACGCCAGCGAAUCCACCCAGAAAGCCCAACAGGCAUCGUCUAUGGCAAGGAAAUGGAAGAUCGGCGUCGCUGGCGUGGCCGGUGCUGCAUUGAUUGGAAUUACCGGAGGUCUUGCUGCUCCCCUGCUGGCAGCCGGUGUGGGCACGCUGAUGGGUGGAUUGGGACUUGGAGCAACUGCAGCGGCAGGGUAUCUGGGCGCUCUGGCGGGGAGCUCGGUGCUUGUGGGAGGUUUGUUCGGCGCGUACGGAGCGAGGAUGACGAGUCAAACGAUGGAAAAGUACUCGAAAGAGAUCGACGACUUUGCAUUCCUGCCUAUCAACGGCAGAGAGGAUGACCCGGAAGAAGUCCAGAAGCAGCGACGUCGAUUACGUAUAACGGUUGGGAUUUCCGGGUGGCUGACUGAGGAGGAACAAGUCACGUUGCCGUGGCGCGUGCUGGGGGAAUGUGGUGAGCCCUUUGCGCUACGGUGGGAACUGCAGGCCCUCCUGAACCUGGGAUCCGCGUUGAAGGACUUCGUGGUCAGCCAGGCGUGGUCGCAGAUCCGGCGAGAGCUCAUCAAGCGCACAGUCUUUGCGGCCGUGUGGUCGGCGCUCAUGGCGCCACUGGUGAUCCGCAAGGCCAUCAAGCUGGUCGACUCGCCAUUCGGGGUCGCGAAGCUGCGCGCCGUCAAGGCCGGCGAAGUGCUCGCUGACGCGCUCAUCAACAAGGUCCAAGGCGAACGCCCCGUCUCCCUGGUCGGCCAGUCCCUCGGCGCGCGGGUCGUCUACUCGUGCCUGCUGACGCUCGCCCAGCGCGGUGCUUUUGGGUUGGUCGACAACGUCGUGCUGAUGGGCGCGCCCGUGCCGUGCGACGCAUCGCAGUGGCGCGCCAUGCGCUCCGUCGUCGCCGGCCGCCUGGUCAACGUCUACUCGCGCCAGGAUUACAUCCUGGCGUUCCUGUACCGCGCGAGCAGCGCGCAGCUCGCCGUCGCGGGUCUCCAGGACAUCUCGGAGGAGGGCGUAUGCGGCGUCGAGAACUUCGACCUCACUGACCGCGUGUCGGGACACCUGAAGUACCUGCACAUGACGGGCCCCAUCCUCAGGGAGGUCGGGUGGACAGAUCUCGAUGACGACGUCCUCCGCCGCGAGGAGAUGUUGGUCAGGCAGAUCGACGAGGAGGAGAAGGCCGUCGAGGAACAGGGAGACGAUCCUGAGAAGGUGAGCGUGUGA